CCCCAGCAAAAGGCCAGGGGUCAGGGAAAAGGUUAUCCCACCCGUCCCGCCCCCCAGCCCGUUAUAGCCCUACGGCCCCUUGGUACCCCAGUCACCCAGCGCUGCCCGGAGCUGCCGUGUGCCACCAGAGACCCGGCCAGACUCCCGCUUCCGUCACUCACGAUGCCUCACCAGUACCCGGCCCUCACCACGGAGCAGAAGAAGGAGCUUUCGGACAUCGCCCACCGCAUCGUGGCCCCCGGCAAGGGCAUCCUCGCUGCUGAUGAGUCCACCGGCAGCAUCGCCAAGCGGCUGAGCUCCAUCGGCGCGGAGAACACGGAGGAGAACCGGCGUUUCUAUCGCCAGCUGCUGUUCACGGCCGACCAGCGGGUCAAUCCGUGCAUUGGGGGCGUCAUCCUCUUCCAUGAGACCAUGUACCAGAAGGCCGACGACGGCCACCCCUUCACCAAGGUCAUCAAGGACAAGGGCGGCGUGGUGGGCAUCAAGGUGGACAAAGGUGUCGUGCCCCUGGCCGGGACAAACGGAGAGACCACCACCCAGGGGCUGGACGGCCUGUCCGAGCGCUGCGCCCAGUACAAGAAGGACGGGGCUGACUUCGCCAAGUGGCGCUGUGUGCUGAAGAUCUCGGAGCACACUCCCUCCCACCUGGCCAUCCUGGAGAACGCCAACGUCCUGGCGCGCUACGCCAGCAUCUGCCAGCAGAACGGGAUUGUGCCCAUCGUGGAGCCGGAAAUCCUGCCCGAUGGGGACCAUGACCUGAAGCGCUGCCAAUACGUCACCGAGAAGGUGCUGGCAGCUGUGUACAAGGCGCUGAGCGACCACCACGUCUACCUGGAGGGGACACUGCUGAAACCCAACAUGGUGACGCCCGGCCAUGCCUGCACCAAGAAGUACAGCCAUGAGGAGAUCGCCAUGGCAACCGUCACCGCCCUGCGCCGCACCGUGCCGCCCGCUGUGCCCGGUAUCACCUUCCUGUCUGGCGGGCAGAGCGAGGAAGAGGCUUCGCUCAACCUCAACGCCAUCAACAAGUGCCCCCUGCACAGGCCCUGGGCCCUCACCUUCUCCUACGGCCGCGCCCUGCAGGCCUCCGCCCUCAAGGCCUGGGCCGGCAAGAAGGAGAACGCCAAGAACGCCCAGGAGGAGUACAUCAAACGGGCCCUGGCUAACAGCCUCGCCUGCCAGGGGAAAUACACCCCAAGUGGCCAGGGUGGAGCCGCUGCCAGCGAGUCUCUCUUCGUCUCCAACCACGCCUACUAAAUGUGGGGUCCCGCCCCCCCCACACCCAUCUGCCCCCCCACCCCCCGCUGCCUGCACCCAUCCUGUGGAGUCUAGUGUGGCCGGCUCCUGGCCUGCAGAAAAGCUGAGCUCCCUUGAAGAACCCAGGAGUCCGGGCCCCCCUUCCCCUGCUGUCGUGGCUGUGUCUCUCCGCUUCCGCUCCCCCCUUCUGGUGACAGAUGACACUCCAGGCGUGCAUCCCAUGACCGAGCUGCUGGCCCCCCACCCUCAGAGGUGGGGGAGGGAUGACCCAUCCCCCCAGAUCCUACAAUAAAGAGAAAACUAUUUAAACAGA